UGGCUUUAAGAACUGGGCUUCCUUGAAACCGUCAGCCCCCAUGUUAGCAUGGGCAAAUUGAUGAACUUCUACGAUAACUACUUUUAGAAGAACUUUUUAAAACUCCUUUAACCUCUAAAUCUCCCCGUUCUUCGCUCCUGUGCGCUUUGUUCCGUCGUCCUUUAACAGACUUUCUGCGUUUUUGCGCUCACUAUGCGCAGACAGGGAGUGGCAAAAUAUCAAUCUUUUUUUGUUUUUUUUCUCCCUUAACUCCCUCGAAGUAAGCUUAAACAGCGCCGUGUGUCCCUGUGAGUGGAACUAAUGGACAACUCUUCGUCGGUAAUCACGCAGGUCAGAAGAGACGACGAGGAAAAUGCGGGGAGUCGCGAGGAAGGUUCCAGUGAAGUUUCUGUCUCAAAGAAGCAUCGCAGCAGAGGCCUUUUCCACAGCCUCUUCUGCUGUCUGUGUCACAAAGAAACCGAGCCCCCUUCAGCAAAACACAACGCCCCGCUCUUGGUAGAAGAAAAUGGGACUCUGUCAAAAGUUCCCACACAGCCGCUACUCCCACAGAUGAAAUCGAAUGAUGCAGGGAAGAUCUGUGUGGUCAUUGAUUUGGAUGAAACACUAGUGCAUAGUUCAUUUAAGCCAGUGAACAAUGCAGAUUUUAUCAUUCCAGUGGAAAUUGAUGGAACAGUUCACCAGGUUUAUGUAUUAAAGAGACCCCAUGUUGACGAAUUCCUCAAGAGGAUGGGAGAGUUGUUUGAGUGCGUUUUGUUCACCGCAAGCUUAUCCAAGUACGCAGAUCCUGUCUCGGACCUGUUGGAUAAGUGGGGGGCCUUCCGGAGCCGGCUCUUUCGGGAGUCGUGCGUCUUCCACAAAGGGAACUACGUAAAAGACCUGAGUCGCUUAGGAAGAGACCUGAACAAGGUCAUCAUCAUUGACAACUCCCCAGCCUCCUACGUCUUCCACCCUGACAACGCAGUUCCUGUAGCGUCCUGGUUUGACGACAUGUCAGACACUGAGCUCCUCGAUCUCAUCCCUUUCUUCGAGAGACUGAGCAAAGUGGACGACAUCUACGAAAUUCUCAAGCAGCAGAGGACUUCAAGUUAACAGUGGCAGGGUUCUGGGAUGGAAAUAAUCACCAGCGGCUGUUGUCUCGGGGCCACGGAGGCUGGUGGGCCAAGGGCUCCACACUGCUUCCCACUACAAGGACCACACUGCGAAAAUUUACCUGCCAUUUAAUCUCAUAGUCUUUGAGUAAGUUGGAUAAAAUAAAAGUAAAAGCAGCAGGGUUAUGUGUGACUGCACUGACAGUUACCUUAUCCAUCCGUGCUUGUCGUAAUGCCGGACUUAAUAUGAGAUUAAAUGACUUCUGUAGAUAUCUUUUGCAGUGCAGCUAGUGUGUUGUUGUUGUCGUUAUGUGACAGCAGUGACCUUUGUAAGUGUGCUGUAAAGCUAGAUUGUGUGAACAGAUGUUCAGUGCCUUUCUACACGUGAACCGCCAUCAGUCAUUUUAAUUCAGUACAAUGAUGCAUUUCUAGUGAGAUUUCAAGCGUAAACGCACAGAAAAGAACAAGAAUCCAUUAACUUAAUACAAACACAGUCGACAAUCAUUAACUCUGGAGAUUUUAGGUGGAAUCACUUCUUGAAAUGCACAUUUUGACAUGUUCCAAGCACUGUGCACUUACUGUAUGUCUUUGGAAAGCUUUGAACAAAAUCUACCAUUUACUGUAGCAUUUGCAUUUAAGUUUAAAAGGCUCCAGAACACAGUAAGGAACUGUCACUGAAUGUGUUUAUUCUCUACAUUCUAGGUGACAACUAAAUCCAUUAUUACAGUAAAGUAAUUAUGAGUGUGUAAUAACCCUUUUAGAAGUUGUUCAGCUGUGUUCAGUCAUGAAAACGUAAUAUUUUAGCUUUAUAAUUGCGUAACAUUAAUUGUUGAAAACAUGAAGCUUUUAAAAUCAGUUAUAUAUAAAACUCUGGAUUAGCAUUAAGAUUAUUGGACCUUUCACACACAGAGACUUACCACUGCAGAAAUGGUGAGAUUUUUCUUGUAAAUACAGUAUAUCAGGAUUAUCGUUUUGAUUUGGUUUUAAUGUUAUUUUGUCUAAUGUUAUUUUAUCCAGUUGUAUCAGCCGCCACAGUGUGCCGUGCAUCAGUAAUGCAAUGUUGUUGUUUAAUGUGUGCAGGAGCGGGUUGUGACCUGCUACAGGAUCUUAAAUAAGUCUGAUUUGAAAGCACACUCUGAUGCCUCCUAUCGGUAAACUUGAAUCCGAGCUGUAAGACGUAAAUGGAGUCGAGUGCACUGCCUUAUUGGUCUGCGUGUCCAGUUUCAUGGGGGGAAACUUGUGCCAGACAUGCUUGAGUCCUGCUCUACUUUGCUUCAGUCUGGAGCGAGUGUGUGUUUUUGUAUGCGUGGAGUUACAGUGUGAUUGCGUCAGCGUGAGUAUUUCUAUGGGUUUCAGAUUAAACAAAAGAUACUUUGACAAUACGCGGACAACUAUAACCUGUCUUGAAUAAUGAUUUAACUUUUUUUUUUUUUACUGUAUGCAUCAAGAGUAUUAACAUUGUGAUUUAAACUGGUUCAAACAAGUGAGUUUUUAAAUUGCUGCUGAGACUGAAAAACAAAACAAACAAAAAAUAACAGACUAGAGAUAUUUUUACCGUGCAUCAAUAAAGCAUGUUUUAUUGAAACAGG